CCCCUCCCCUCUUCUCCCACUCCCUCGUCUCCCGCUCCUUCCUCCUCCCUCCCGCUUCCACCCUCCCUGCCUCCCACGGGGGAGGUGAUGGUCCUGGCCUUAGGGAGGAAGAAACAGAGGAUGCUCAUCUGUCUCUCCCUCUUGCCCAAUCUCUUCCUGGCCUUCCUUCUCUCCUCGGACGCCCUGCUUACCCUCACCUCACCCCACCACUGCCGCCUCCCGGGACCUUCGCCUGCUCCGCAGGUCCUCAACGCCUCUCUGCCCUGGGAGAAAGGUGGCAGAGUGGGGGACAGCGGAGGGCUGUCUCAGUGCAAGCAGUAUAUCAACGGUACCCAGUCCGGGGUGGAGAACUGCGAUGCUGGCUGGGACUACAAUGUCACAGAAGGAUUGAGAAUUAACAUUGUUACUGAGUGGGAUUUAGUGUGUGGUCAGUACUGGCUGGUCCCAGUCGAGGAGGUGUCCUUCAUCCUGGGUGUUCUGACAGGAUGCCUGGGACUGGGCUUUGCUGCUGACAGACUGGGCAGGUUGAAGACACUGCUCACCUCGCUAACCCUCUCUGUGGUAUUUGGCGUGCUUGUGUGCGUCUCUACCUCCCCCCCUAUCUUUAUUGUCAUGCGCUUUUGCCUGGCUGCUGCUAGUGCUGGUGUCUACCUCACGCUUUACAUCACACGUCUUGAACUCUGUGAUCCCUCACUGCGUCUGCUGGUCACCAUGGUGGCAGGACUAACUACGGUUUCUGGGGAGCUGCUGUUGCUGGGUGUUGCUCUGUCUUGCCAGUCCUGGAGGGGCUUACUCGGAGCUGGGGCUGCACCACUCUCUCUGUUCCUCACCUAUGGUAUUCCAGGAGUAUUUCCUGAGUCUCCUCGCUGGCUUCUUCUCUCUGAGAGAUCAGCUGAUCUGAAUUCCUUCAGUGAAAGAAGAGAUAGAGAGAGGGAUGACGAGAGCUUCACAGAGUUGGACUCGGAGCCGUCUCCCUCUACUUACCCCCACCUGUCCUUCCCAGAGCUUGUACACAGCAGGAACAUCUGGAAAAACAUGUGUGUGCUCGGCUUUACCUCGUUCAUUUCCCAUGGCAUUAGUCAUUGUUACAGCUCAUUUCGGGGUGAUGUCAGAGGCACUGCCCCCAGCUUCUAUUGGACCUAUCUGCUGUCCGUCUGUGCUGGAGGAGGGGCCUGGCUGUUGUUAUGGGCAACCGUGAACAGGUGUGGUCGCCGUGGUAUCCUGCUCCUCGCCAUGACAAUGACAGGGCUGGCAUCUCUGAUUCUCCUCGGACUGAUGGAGUAUCUAAGUGAGGCGGCCAUCACUGUGUUCUCAGUGAUGGGACUUUUCUCCUCCCAGGCGGCUGCCUCUCUCUGUGUCCUCUUCACUGCAGAGAUCAUGCCCACCAUCAUCAGGGGCAGUGGCGUGGGCACGGUGUUGGCCCUGGGCUGCGUGGGCCGCCUCACCUCGCCCCUCAUGGACCUGCGCAACCACUACGGCUACUUCCUGCACCACGUGGUGUACUCCUCCCUGGCCCUGCUGGCCGUGCUCUCCAUCCUGCUGCUGCCCGAGAGCAAGAGGAAACCCCUGCCCCAGACGCUGGCCGAUGGGGAGCAGUACCGACGCCCCCCGCUGGGCAGGAGGAGGAGGGACAACGUUCCCCUGCUGGCCACCCCCAACCCAGAGACCUAGCCGCCCAAACGUCACACAUCAGUCAUAACGCCAGCCCAGAGUGUCACCAGGUCCAUGCUGCAGAAAGGAAGAUGGGUGAAAAUGAAGAGGGAGAAGUGCUGUCUGGUUAAGAUGGUUGUGUAGAGCCAGUGAAGGGAGAUGGUAGAAUCAACCACACACUCUACUCUUUCUAACAUAUCAUUUUCUAGUCAUUCCUAACAAAGGAGUGUGGGUGGGGCGGCCAUACGUCGUUCGUCUGUCUCCAUUUCUGCCAAUGAAGUGAGUGUGUGUGUGUACGUGACUGUGUAUAUGCGCACGCGUAUGUGUGGCCCUGGUCGGAUGGCGGCGUGGAGAGUGCUCGUCAUGCAGUGACCUGCCCCCCCCCACCUUUCCUAUAAGGCCUGCGUGUCAGGGAAGCGCAUCAGCUGCUCCAGAACGCCCACCUUUGAUGUGUAUGAUCUGACAGAGCAUGGCAUCACACACAGCUCACAGAGGCAGAUCUACUGCCCUGUAAAUACCAUAAACCUAGUUUCUUUAACUUAAUGAAUGCUGGCUUAUCUGUUGAUAAAAAACAGUAGGAGUUUUGUUACAUAGUGCUGGAUCUUGGCAGAGUGCUUUUGUACUGUGCAAAAGCAUGGCACUUAGCCAAGAUGAUAGAGCACAUCUGUCUACUGCUCUUAAAGGCAAUGGGGAAAAUAAUAUUGAUCGAUUGAAGAUUAAUUGAGUAACGUUAUAAUAGAGAGUAGUUUGAGGAAACGUUGUGAACUUGCAUCAAAUAAAUAGUAAUAGAUGUCCUCCUACAAUCAGUUAAUAAAAAAGAGAGAAAAUUACAUUUUAAUGUACUGUAGUUCCUCAAACUUGAUUGGAUGUGAUAAAAUUAUAUGAAUUACAUUUUCAGAUGUGGCCUGGAGCCAAUUCUGUUUAUGGGUCAUUAAUCUUGAUGGUCUUGUCUCUGCUCUCAGACCCACCUUACUGUAGGCUCCUCUGAAGACAGGAAGAGAUGAUAGAGUGCCUGUGCAUUCAGAGCUGAAAACCUUGUGUAAAUAGACAUGUAUGGUAGAGAAUGGAUGGACACACCUUUACACUCCCCUAUGUGUUUAUUUAGACAGUGAAGCUGAAACUUUUCAUUUGGCUUUAUACUCCAGCAUUUUGAGAUCAAAUGUUUCAUAUGAGGCGACAGUAGAUAAUGUCACCUUUUAUUUAAGGUUAUUUUCAUACAUGUCUGUUUUACCGUUUAGAAAUUAAAACUAGUCCCCCCCCCAUAUGAAGGGGUCAUAAGUAUUUGUACAAAUUAACUUAUAGUGUAUUACAUUUWGUCAAAAAUUUUGUAUUUGACCCCAUAUUUGUAGCACGCAAUGAAUACACCGUGCUGGUAACUAUACAAACUUGUUGGAUGCAUUUGCAGUUUGUUUUGGUUGUGUUUUCAGAUUAUGUUGUACCCAAUAGAAAUGAAUGGUAGAUCAUGUAUAGUGACCUUCACUGAAUCUAUUCCACAGCCUUCUCUGAGCGGAGGGCAGAGGUGAGGGCUAGGCAGGAUGGGGUUUGAAGUUAGGGAGGGAAAAAUACACUUACCUACCGAAACACCUCCCUCUGCCGGUCUUUGGUAGUUUCUUUACCAUGCACUCAACAWUUAUAAUAUUCAUAUUAUUGAUGAUGAAAAUAACUAUUAAUAACUUGACAAUAGUAAUAAAAUGUUAGACAAUGCUGUUUGCUUAAGAUUAUCUGUUAAGUAAUCCAGCAAUGUAAUUAUGUAAAUAACUUGAACCUGAUUUAAUUGAAAAUAAAAUGUUAAGUAAACAA